AUGAGCCAGCAGAACCAGAGCGAGAAAUGCUCCUUCCAAGAUGUGGACGACCUGAUGAAAACCGUGCAGUUGGUUGUCCAAAUCCCUACCUUUCUUCUUGGUCUGCUCCUCAAUGUGCUCGCCAUCCGAGGCUUUAGCUCCUUCCUGAAGAAGAAGUGGCCUUGCUACACUGCCACCUCCAUUUACAUGAUCAACCUGGCAGUCUUUGACCUCCUGCUGGUGCUCUCCCUCCCAUUCAAGAUGGCCCUAUCCCGAAGGAAGGGCUCAUUCCUUCCCUUGUGUACUCUGGUGGAGUGCCUCUACUUCAUCAGCAUGUAUGGGAGCAUCUUCACCAUCUGCUUCAUCAGCGUGGACAGAUUCCUGGCCAUCCGGUACCCAAUCCUGGUCAGCCACAUCCGGUCCCCCAGGAAGAUCUUUGGGAUCUGCUGUAUCAUCUGGGUGCUGGUGUGGGUUGGGAGCACUCCUGUCUAUAGCUUCCAUGGCAAAGUGGAAAACUACACGUGCUUCCAUAACAUGUCUGAUGGCACCUGGAGCGCCAAGGUCUUCUUCCCUUUUGAGGUCUUUGGCUUCCUUCUUCCCAUGAGCAUCGUUGGUUUCUGCUCCUCCAGGAGUAUUCACAUUCUGGUUGCUCGUCGGGACUACACCCAGGACUGGGUCCAGCAGAAGGCCUGCAUCUGGACUAUUGCGGUCAACCUGGCUGUCUUUGUGGUCUCCUUUCUCCCCGUCCACCUGAGCUUCUUCUUGCAGUUCCUGGUGAGGAAUGGCUUCAUCGUGGAGUGCAGAACCAAGCAGAAUAUUAUCUUGUUCCUGCAGUUGUCCAUGUGUUUCUCCAAUUUCAAUUGCUGCCUGGAUGUUUUCUGCUACUACUUUGUCAUCAAAGAAUUCCGCGUGGACAUCAUGACCCACCGGCCUUCCAGGACCCAGCUAGUCCACCAGGAUACCAUGAACACCCUGGUUAAGGGAAAAAAGUCAUGCCUGGAGGAAGGAAACCUCAACCCAAAUUCCAUAGGGAAUAUCCCUUCCCAGGGCUCUGAUGUGGUGGGCUGA